UCAAGAUUCUUUACUUCUGUCGCCUGCCUAACAAUGCUUGUCAAUAGAAAUCUUAAAACUAAACAAAAUUAGUACGAAAAAGAAUUCAUAAAUCACAGAAAAAACCAUGACAAAUUUUGUUACCCUUUUUCUUUUCGAGUACAAGGCUCAUUCACCAAGGCCCAAUGAAGGGUUUAAAAUGGUUUAUGAGCCUUUGCAUCCCCUACUUCGCUGUUUCCGUUCUAAUCUGAACAAUCCAACAAACGCCCUCCGAUCUGAACGAAAUCCAUCAUCCGACGACCUUUGAAAUGGCCAUAAGGAUCGACCUUCUUCCCCCGAAAUCCCUCCAACAACCUCGGAAGAUCCUGAACCAUCCUUUCAGCACCACAACUCUCAUCACCAACAGACCAAACAAGACUCACAACAUCCCAUGUGCGAAAAGAAACCUCAGCGAUACAGCCCUUGCAUUAGAUUUGGCAGUAACGGUCGAAAAGAUUAAUACCCAUUUGGAGCAAAAGGAGAAGGCCAUGAAGCAGAGCAGAGAGUUUCUGUUCACAGAGUUGUGCCAGUAUUUGUCAUUGAAAGAAGAGGAAGUGAAUAAGAAAUGGAGAAAGAUGAAAGAAGAGGAGAAAUGGGUUUUAGUUAAGGGGUUUGUUAAUAACUGGGGUGUCAAUUUUCAUCCAUUAUCUGUAAGAUCAGUUGUGGAAAUGGUGGAUGAAUAUUUGCAGGAUGAGAAAUCUUCUUCAGGUAUGUUUCCUGGUUUGAAGAGAAUGUUGGGGUUUUCACAAGAUACUUAGAUUGUACAAGAUUGCAUAAGAGCUUAUAAAAUGUUACUUGUGGUUUAAUGGAAUUUUUCUUUUCUUGUUUAGCUAGUGUAGUAUCACAGAUCAAAAUCAUGGAUGGUGAAAUGCUUACUUUGUGUUUUUGUUUUUUCCUUUCUUCUUUCCAUUUAUGGACUUAACAGCCAAGUACAAGGAUAAUAAAUGUACGAUGUUGUUGUUUUAAAA